AUGCCAGAUAACUUUCCAGAGGUGCAGCUGCAUGCAAACUUUGCCGCAACUACGAGGGAAGGCUUUCAUAGAGCCUCACAAGACAGGAAACUGCAAGCACUCCGACCGGAUGUGUCACAAGACGCACAAGACGUCAUCAACCUGUCCUCUUACACUCCAUCCGAGAAGGAAGCUGAGGUAUUAUCUCGUGGAUUGAAUUUCAACACGGAUGCGCAACCAAGGCCAAGGGAUGUGAUCUGUGCGGUAGAACGUGCGGUCAGCCACCUUCCCUCAAGCGUACGUGAAGAAGCCCGCACCCGUGCUAUUGGCGUGCUUUCGGGAUUGCGGAAGUGCGGCACAAAGACGUUCUCGUCGGUAGCCGAGAAGCAAGCUAUUCGGAGCCUACGGAGUAACAGAAGCAUCGCCAUUCUACCCUCCGACAAAGGAAAUGCUACGGUCUUGCUGGACAAGAACGACUACCACGAGAAAAUGCUGGCCCUCCUUGGUGACCGUCAUACGUAUGCUGCUAUAGCCUACGACCCCACAAGCCGACUACAGACUAAGCUGCAAAAACUACUGGCCAGUUUGUUCAGGUUGGUUCCACCGCACCACGCCGGUCUCUACCACCGUCUGCUCUGCACGAACGGUUCAGCCCCUGCAAUGUAUGGCCUGCCAAAAGUCCACAAGCCUGGCGUUCCACUUCGACCUAUUGUCGACUUCACCAGAUCACUGCUCUGCCGACUAUCGGGCUACCUUCACCAAGUUUUGAGUCCUCUAGCCGGUAAGACGUCGACACACAUCGAAAAUUCGUCUGCUCUUGUUGCUAAGUUAAAGGAUGUCACACUGAGUGAAGACGACGCCAUGGUCUCGUUCGACGUCACGUCACUUUUUACAAGUGUCCCGGUGGACUUGGCAGUAGCCACGUGCGAAGAAGCCCUUAAAGCAGACAGUGGUCUUCCUGGUCGCACCCCCUUCGACAUCCCCGAACUUAGCGAGCUGCUGCAGUUUUGUCUCAGCAACACGUAUUUUUCAUACGAUGGCAAGAUUUACCAGCAAACACAUGGUACGGCAAUGGGAGCGUCAAUAUCAGUCACCACGGCCAAUCUAGUAAUGGAAGCCUUGGAAGGAAAGGUCCUGGCAACGUUCACUCCGGCCCCCAAAGUGUUUUACCGGUACGUCGAUGACUGCUUCUGCAUUUUGAAGAAGCAAGACAUCCAACGCUUCUUGGACUGUCUGAACGCCCAGAACGUGAACAUACAGUUCACGGUUGAACACGAGGAUGACAAUGUGCUGCCUUUUUUGGACGUUCAGUUCGUGCGCGACCGCCUCGUGGUUGAGAUAAAAGACAAGCAGCUAUCCGCCAGGUUUCAGCUCGACGCAGAGCUCACACUACAAAAGGCUCUCGAUUCCGUCCGCCAGAUCGAGAGUGUCCGUCAGCAACAAGCGGAGCUCCUCCAGGAAGCGCCAUGUUUGAACAAAGUUGCAUCCGGUGCGUAG